ACAGUCCGCUGAUUUACUUUAAUACGUGUCUCAGUUACUAUCUUUCGCUCACCCCCACACAGUUGCAAAAAUGGUGUUGAUGCUUGCUGUUGCUCAACAAUAUAAAAACGAGACUGGGCGGCCACUUGCUGCAUACGAUCAUCAGGUCAACUGGACUUCUGCUCUUCAUUCAUUCUCCGUGUUGCUUCACCAGAAUGAGAUCAAUGUGGAUACUCGGGCUCCUCUUCAUUGGCCUGAUGGGAGCAAGUGGACUCAACUACUUCCCUAAAAAUUUUGUGAUGGCAAAGAGAAAUGGCAACGCCACAUUGCGGUGUAGUACGACAUCCAAGGGAAGUGAAGUCAGCUGGGAGUUUGGGGGUGAGGAGGUGGAUGAAGAAUACGGGGACAAUAUGGUGAAGGAUGGUCCAAAUCUCCUGGUCAAGGAGGUAGACGGUCCUGCACUGGGAAACUACACUUGCUGGAGCGGAGGAGAGAGCAUGUCCACUUAUCUCCUGCUGAUGGUCGAGGUUGACAAGGAACUUGAUUCUUUCCUCACCUGUCGCGCAAAGUCUUACGACUGCACAUUUACCUGCACAUGGAACGACAGUAGAUACAAAGCUGUGCGACUUGGACUGGGCCCUGAUUGCCGUAUAGGACGCAACUCGUGUCACUGGGUCGGCAGCAACCAGCAAGAUGGGAGACUCGAAUUUGUGCUUCACCACUCACUCUCCCCCUAUGCCGAGGAGAGCACCCCGCUGGAACUCACCGCUCAGGCCAUCCAGGGCCAUUCCCUCCUGCAUAAAACUAAGAGAUUUUAUCUUCAAGAUAUCAUUGAGCCAGACAGUCCUCAGAAGGUCAAAUGCCAAAAGUUGGCUCAACACCUGAAAGUGACCGUCCAUCCUCCAUCCAGUUGGUCCACCCCUGACAGCUUCUUCCCCCUGGAACAUGAAGUGGAAUAUGAGUACCCUGAUGGAAAGAUUGGACGUGGCUCGCCCUUCCUGAUACCCAAGAAGAUCUGGAAGCUGAAGGUUCGCUCCCGAGAUCUGCUGGUGCAGUCCAGAUGGAGCCAAUGGUCUCAAUGGAUAAAUGUAACCUCCUGAAAAUUCUCUCUGCCGACUCUUUGUCAGAAAUUCAGUGAAAUGUUUGUCAUGUUAUGGGAUACCAUGAUGGGGCACUGACAUUCUGACACAAAAAUUAUUUAUGUUUUUA